GGAAUAAUAGGAUAUAACGGCGGUGCAUCAAGAAGGUCGUACGGUGGCACCAAAACCGGUGCAACUAACUCUAUCUUUGUGAAAAAAUCCCCAAAAGCUUCACCCUCGUUUGAUUCCAAUUUCUCAAUCCAUCAAUGGCAACAUACAAGCUCGCAGCGAUCAUCAGGAACCCUAACAAUAACAACGAGUUCCUUCUUGUUAAGCAAACUCCGCCUCCCAAAUACGAUGAUCAAGAAUACAACUCGUAUGCUGACUCCGACCUCUGGGACUUACCGUCGGUGAAAUUGACCUCACUAUCACCGGAAGUAGAUUCCUCGCCUCAGUUUGUACUGCAAGGCGAAGAAGCGUGUUCGCAUAAGCUCAAUUUGAGGAAAUUUGAUCUUCCUUCAGCUCUUGCCGAGGUUUUGGGACAAGUAGGUUUUGAAUCAGUCAAUGGAGUAGAGUGGAAGUUUUUGAAGUUUGUGGAAGAACCUAAUUUUGGACCAGGAUUCCCUAUUCAGACUGUGUAUGUUACUGGGGACCUUGUUCUUGAGACUUUAAAAGACCAUUGUCAAUGGAGUUCCAAUGAAAGUUGCUCCAAUUUGCUUCUUCAAGUAAAGCCAGGUGGCAAUCGAAUCGGGGCCAUUAGCAGUCAAUGGUGUACUUAA